UCGCCUCUACCUGCUGCGCGACGCGUCAGUGUCGAUUCGACCGUGCUGCUGGUCACUGGGCUCCGAGACUGGCCUGACGUGAUGUGAGAAAGCAGAUCAGGUUCUGCAAGUCCGCAGGUGCGUGCAUCGUCGGGACAAUCAUGGAAGAGGUCCUCCAGAACGGCAAUUACCAGAGGGAAGCCAACGCCAACAUGAGCGUCGUGGAGACGCGGAAAGAGGACUGCCUGCUCGACCACAUGGAGAUCUCAAUAGUCGAGGCCGAGAAACGGGCAAAUCGGGCGCUCAAUCUGAGAGAAUUCUACACGGUAUACCUCAUCGAAACUAAAGUCACAGACCCAGACUUCAAAAACGCGCUGACCAGGAUAAGUUCGUUGUGGCGACGGUACACCGAGUUCGAGUUGCUCCGUGCUUAUCUGGAGAUCUCAUAUCCCUACAUCGUGUUACCGCCGUUACCGGAGAAGAAGGUACUGUAUGCCUGGCAGAAAGUGACAACCGACACGUUCGACCCAGACUUCGUGGAUCGGAGGAGAGCUGGCCUCGAGAAUUUUCUCAUAAGAGUGGCAUCGCAUCCCAUACUCUCGCGCGAUGAGCACUUCAUGGGAUUUCUCCAGCAAAAGGAUGGAUGGAGGGAGAGCGUUAAGGAAACAGGGUAUCUACAAAUCGCAGAAUCGAAGCUGAAAGCGCUCAGUGUAGCAGUACGACUCAGGAAACCGGACAAACGUUUUGAGACCAUAAAGAAUUAUGGAAUCGAAUUGCAGAAUAAUUUGUGCAAUCUGCUGCGAGUGCGCGCACGCCUGGUCGAAAAGCAACACAGCCUGUACAAGUUGCACGCAAAUUAUGGGCGCGUCUUCAGCGAAUGGAGUGCAAUAGAGCGAGAAAUGGGCGAUGGAUUGCAAAAAUCCGGCCAUUACCUGGACUCGUUAGCGGCAACGAUAGACACUACUCUCGAGGAGGAAGAGCUUAUAGCCGAUCAGCUGAAGGAGUGGCUAUUCGGCGCGUCCGCGUUGCAGGCUGUGGUUAGACGUAGGGAGGCCCUACAAUUGGCCAAGGACGAGGCUCACGAUGCAUUAACUGCCGCGUUCGAACAGAAAGAAAAAGUUAUGCAAGGCAAGGCCGGUCUGAUGUCACGUUUGUUCGGCUCCGUGGACACCGAGGAAGUCCGCGAGCUGAAGAUCCUCCAGCUGGAGCAGCGAAUCGCGCAACACGACGAAGCUGUGAAACAGGUGGAUGAGGACUUAAAGUCCUUCUCCAUUAAAGCCAUGAUGGACAUUGAGAGAUUCCAACACCAAAAAGUCGUCGAUCUCAAGGAGACUCUGGCAGCUUACUGCGUUCUGCAGUUUAAACUAGCUAGAAAGGGUCUCCAAGCUUGGCAGCACAUCAAAGGUUGUCUCGAGAGUAUACCAUGAAGAGGUCCACGCUUCGCAGAGCAGACUGUCACAGAACAAUAAUCCCGCGUUUCCUCGUGCGAUAUACAUUCCUGCAUUUGUAAGUUCACUCACACAUGCCGUACGCUUAUUAUCCUAUAAUAUAUCGAUGUAUAUGAUUGUUAUUAUUUAAAAAAUAUCAGAUUUAAGGAAUAUUAUAUAUGUACGUAAUUUAUGUAUGUCGGAGGUGUAUGAGUAUAAAGAAGGAAAGAGAGAAAGAUAGAGAGAGAGAGGUCCAAGGCAUAUUAUAUUUAAAUAUUUAUAUGUAUUUAAGUGCACCGCGCUUACGCGUGUGCACAAACAAUUGCAAUUGAUGAUACGUGAAAGAUCGUACUUAAUCGUAUGUCCAAGCAAAAUGCAAUAUGCAAAUUGUAUCUGAUAUGAUUUGUAAACUCCGUUGUAUGCAGAUAAGGAUAGGUGUAAUCGUUG